AUGGGUGGCUACAUUAUUGGUGUCAGUAAAUGCAUCGGUGGUGGUUCAUAUGAGCGGUGUUUUUCAUGUGAUUACAUUAUCGUUCAUACGUUUUAUUUCACUGAAUCGAAUCCAUCAAACAAGAAUAACCAAAUUCUGAAAUGUUUGCGCACUAUAAUAUUAAUCAACAUUGGUGCCGUCUUGCUGUGCAUACCUUUCUUUUUCAAUUCCGAAGUGCGUAAAGUAUCAUCACAUCGGCAAUGUUCGGCACGAUAUCCGUCCAAAAACAAUCUUUCGGCGCAUGAGCUUAGUUUCACCAUAUUUGCUAACAAUACUGCUCUUGUACGAAUAAACUUUUGGCUUCUAGGCACUAUGUGCAAAUUGAUACCAUGCGCUGUCAUGAUUGUAAUGAAUGUGUUGUUGGUACAUAAGUUACGUCAGAUUCGACUAUUAUCUAUUAGGUUUACGUCACCGAAACGCGAAAAGAGAUGUCGACGUGUGACAUACAUCAUUAUGAUAAUUAUGAUAAAUUUUGUGGCCGUGGAGUUACCACAAGGUAUUAUUUCGGUUUUAUCAUCGGUGAAAGGAGAAAAUUUCGCGGAAUCUGAAUUAUUGGGAGAUUUAUUUGAUAUUCUUUCAUUGCUCAAUUCUUGCGUUACAUUUGGUAUUUUUUGUUCGAUGAGUAGUCGUAUCCGGAAUGCAUUUAAUCGCGAAUUAUUUUCAUUUAGCCAUAAAUUUUUUCAACAAAUUGUUCAUAGGUUAAGGCAUGUUUCGGUGACGGUUGAAAAUAGCAAUUCGAAUAAUGUACAGCCUAAAGUACAGCUGAAAAUAACGUCAGAUAAAAUAAACUCUCAAUGCGCUAACCAAUGA